GGCCAAAACCAACUCCAACUCCAACUACACCAUCAAAAAAUACACAACCAACAAUACCAAAACCAAAAUCUGGAGCAAGAGCAAGAACAAGAUUACCACCAACCCCAUCAUCAAAAAGAGUACCAAAAUCAAAAUCAACUCCAUCCUCAAGACCAAGAAAAAGAACAACACCAAGACCAGGAACAAAAAAAAGACCAACCUCAACUCCAAUAAUUACAUCACCAACACCAACACCACUACCAAUUCCACAAUCAACACCAAAACUAAAAUCAAGAUCAAGGGCAAGAUCAAAACUAAUUCCAACACUACAACCAAAACGAGUACCAAAAUCAUAUCCAAGACCAACACCAAAAUCAAAAUCAAAAUCAAAAUCAAAAUCAAAAUCAAAAUCAAAACCAAAAUCAAAAUCAAAACCAAAAUCAAAUACAACUCCAACACAAACUCCAAAACCACAACAACAUCAACCAAAAUCAGAGUUUAUGUUCAAUUCAUCCACCCACCCACAAUUCAUUGAUGUACCUUCAAUUGAAGAGUAUGAUGAAGUACUUGGCCAAUGGGUUACAAUUUACACCUCCCAAUCAACACCAAGUACACCAACCAUCUCAUCCGAUUACCCAACUUUUUAUGCACCAGAGUCCAAAUACAAUAGUACUGGUGCACCAACACAAUCAUUUGAGGGAAUAAUUGAAGGGCCAUCAAUUGAAGAGUUUGAUGAAGAACUUGGUGAAUGGGUCACCAUAUACACCGCACCUACAAACUCUGCUCCACAGCCACAAUCAACACCACAACCAAGUACACCAACCACCUCAUCCGAUUACCCAAACUUUUAUGCACCAGAGUCCAAAUACAAUAGUACUGGUGCACCAACACAAGCAUAUGAGGGAAUGGUUGAAGGACCAUCAAUUGAGGAAUUUGAUGAAGAACUUGGUGAGUGGAUCACCAUUUACACCGCACCCCCAACAUUCGCCCACACUACACCCAUCGCCUCAUCUAACUACCCAAAGUUCUAUGCACCAGAAUCAAAAUUCGACUCUACUGGUGCAUCAUCAUAA